AUGGGCUAUGAUAAGGAGCUUAUUGUUGAUGCCGUGGGUUUUUCUAGGGGCAUUUGGCUGCUCUGGAACUCGGGUGAGCUGAAUAUUUCUAGUAUUGACUCUAACCAACAAUGCCUUCACGUGCAGGUACAGGGGCUUUCUCCUCAAGACAUUGAAUGGCAGCUAUCAGCUAUCUAUGGUAGCCCGGCACCCAUGCAACAUCGCGAGCUUUGGGGGUUUUUGAGACAGCUGGCUGAGGAUAUGGUGCAACCCUGGCUCUUGGUGGGUGAUUUCAACUCCAUUAUGAGCCCGUCGGAGAAAUUAGGGGGUGCCCCUUUUGAUGCAGCCAGGAUCAGGGAUUUCCAGGAGGUAGUCCAGGAUACCGAACUGAUCGACCUGGGAUUCGAAGGACCAGCUUACACUUGGUUCCGGACCGGACUCCGAGAGAGACUGGACAGGGGAAUGGCAAAUAAUGUUUGGGUGACGAAUUUCCCUGAGACAGUGGUGAGACACCUGCCCCGUAUGAAAAAAUCCGAUCACCGGCCGAUUCUGGUCUCCUUAGCCGAGCCACAUCCACCAGCGGGACCCAAACCUUUUCGCUUCCUAGCGGCAUGGCUCACUCACGAGGGUUUCCGAGAUAUGGCGGAUGUAGCUUGGGCGAAGGGAAACUCAUUCACGGAAUCGGCCACCGCUUUCGCUCAGGAGGCAUUAACUUGGAACAGAAAUGUAUUUGGGCACAUAACUAGGCGCAAAGACAAGCUGCUGAGGAGGCUCGAAUAUCUCGAGCAGGCUGGGGGAGGUCAAGGGAGCGAGGCCCAACUUCGACAAUGCCAGGAGGAAUUGGAGCUGGUUUUGUUUCAAGAGGAGCUGCUGUGGUGCCAAAAAUCCCGUCUGGAUUGGAUUAACUCGGGGGACAAGAACACUGCGUAUUUUCACACCAGAACCAUCCGGCGGAGAAGCAGGAACCGGGUUACUAUGCUCAAAGACGACGGGGGCAACUGGGUCGAGGAUCAAUCUCUACUGCUAGAAAUGGCGCGAGCUUAUUUUAGUGGGUUGUACCAGGAUGAAGGAGGGGAUCUAUUAGCCCUCCUGGAGGGCUUUCCGGCUUUGGGGGCAUCUCGCUGGCAGCCGCUCAAUCAGAUGCCAAGUUUGGAGGAAAUUCAUGCAGCCGUGAAAGCGAUGGGACCUCUAAAGGCCCCAGGCAAAGAUGGUCUGAGCCCGAUCUUCUUCCAAAGAUGUUGGGAAACGGUGGGAGCUUCACUGGCAGCCUUUGUUACCGACUGUUGGAACACCCCAGAAAAAUUCAAGGAAAUCAACUCAACUAUACUGGUGUUAAUACCGAAGAUAAAGCAGCCGAUCACAAUUGAUCAAUUUCGACCAAUCAGCCUAUGCAAUGUGGCGUACAAGGCAAUCACUAAAUGCCUUGCUGAGAGGUUGAAAAACCUCAUGCCGGAGCUCGUCCACGAAACCCAGACCAGUUUCGUCCCUGGGCGCCACAUUACUGAUAAUAUAUGCAUCCUUCAGGAAGUGAUCCACUCGAUGAGAGCUAGAAAGGGCAGGCGUGGAUGGAUGGUCCUCAAGGUUGACUUAGCAAUGGCAUAUGAUAGAAUCAGGUGGGGGUUUGUUCGGGACACUCUAGUCGCGGCAGGGGCUCCAGAUAAGUUUGUGGAGUUGACGAUGGCGUGCAUAUCAUCAGGGUCAAUGCAAAUACAGUGGAAUGGGGGACUGACGGAGAGUUUCCAACCAUCCAGGGGUUUAAGACAGGGCUGCCCCCUUUCCCCGUACAUAUUCACCCUGUGCAUGGAAAGACUGGGGCACAUUAUUGCUGACACCGUCCGGGAGGGAAGGUGGAAACCAAUAAAGUUAUCGCAGGAUGGUCCGGCCCUCUCGCAUUUGUUCUUUGCAGAUGACCUGAUUCUGUUUGGCGAGGCGACAAGAACACAGUCUCAAGAAAUAAACGCAUGCUUUGAAAAAUUUGGCGGGUCAUCGGGCCAGCAGAUCAGUAGGCCGAAAUCCCGGGUUUUCUUCUCAGCCAACACCACAGCCGACUGCCAACAAAGUUUGAGCCAAGAACUUCAGAUUCCAGUGACAAAUAAUCUGGGGAGGUACUUGGGGGUGCCGGUAAUUCACGACAGGGUGUCGAAAGCUACCUUUAUGGAUCUCAUUGAUCGGAUCGAUAAAAGGCUGGCAGGCUGGAAGGCGUCCACUUUAUCCCUAGCUGGCCGGAUUACGUUGGCACAGUCGGUGCUGGCCUCUCUCCCGGCCUACACGAUGCAGACGACUUGGCUGCCGGCAAGUGUGCGAGAUUAUAUCGACAAGAAAAUUCGGUCAUUCGUUUGGGGCAGCACGGAGCAGGGCCGGAAGAUCCAUCUCAUUGACUGGGAAAUGUUGUGCCGGCCAAAAGACGAAGGGGGUUUGGGACUCAGAGACUCCACCAGAACAAACGAAGCAUACAUGCUCAAAAUCGCCUGGAGGAUGCUUACUAAACCACAGGAAUUAUGGGCGAGAGUCCUCCUGGGCAAGUACUCGAGGCAAACGGGGGAGGGGCGCCAAUUCCGUACCCAAGGCAGGCUCUUGAACCUUUGGAGAGGGGUAACUCGGGUGGCUCAUUUGGUUGAGGAAGCGACGUAUUGGAAUAUCCGCAAUGGGAGAACGGCAAAAUUCUGGAGUGAUCGAUGGCUCGAUGACAAUACCAUUCUCAAGGACCACGCCCCCAACCUGCCGAUGGAACUCCUGGAAAUGCCUGUCAUCGAGUUUGUUCUCAAUGGUAAGUGGAAUUCUGAUUUUCUACUAUACUACUUACCCCAUGAUGUUGUCUCGCAGAUCAACCUUCACCCUAUCCCGGCGGAGGAAGAGGAGGACGUUCGAACCUGGCGAUUCAACCCCAACGGAGAAUUCACUCUCCGAUCGGCGUACGAGCUCACGGAUAACACUGCGGAGGCAAACCUGGGACAGCAAGCCUGGCGGUCGGUGUGGAAGGCACCAACUUUGCAACGAGUGCGGGCCUUCUUGUGGCUGAUGAACCAUGGACGACUGCUUACCAACGCGGAGAGGGCACGACGACAUCUCACCGACGAAACGAGCUGUAAGAUUUGUGGAGGCGGACCAGAAACAACCCUACACAUAGUCAGAGACUGCCAUUUUGCUCGAGCAAUGUGGGCAGACCUCCUUGAAGACGAGCCGGACUCCAGAUUCUUCGAAUCCGACGGCCAGAGGUGGAGCCUUUACUACCUCUCAGGGCGGAGUAAUACCAUUGAUGCUACUUUGUUUGCAGGAACCUGUUGGCUCUUGUGGAAGAACCGGAAUGACUUCGUGUUCCAAGACAAGUUGAAGACCCAUACACAAAUCCAGUUUACUUCAAGACAGCUCCGGGACGAGAUCAUCAAAGCACUCGAUCAGGAGAAGAUAGUGUUCGGGACUGGGGGCACCCGCGAGCAGCGCCAAAUUGGCUGGCAACCACCGGCGCAAGACUGGGUCUGUGUCAACACAGAUGGCUCAGUCAUCCAUUCUCCUGGGAGCACAUCCUGUGGCGGCAUCAUACGGGGGAGUGAUGGCCGCUUCGUCAGAGCAUUCACUGCAAACCAUGGAGGGGGUUCUAUCACUCGUGCGGAGCUGGCUGGUAUUGUGUAUGGGUUGGAUCUUGCUUGGGAGCAAGGAGCCAGGAAAGUUCGUCUACAAACAGACUCAGUAACUGCAAAAACCCUGAUCGAGAAGGCGACCGAGCAACAUAUGCACUACUCACAGAUCAGUGAAAUUAGGAGAAGGCUGCAACGUGACUGGACAGUUCGAUUGACCACAUUUUCCGUGAAGCGAAUUUUGCCGCGGAUCACCUUGCUUCACUGGGUCAUUCGCAAACGAUCGGAGUUCAUGUAA